ACUAAAGAAAAAGUUUUUGUUGUAAACUUGUUCUGAUUUGUGAUAUUGAUCUGCACUGCACAACUGGGCAGCCAGUUGCGUGUAAGUAGGUCACGCUGACUCCGCCCUAGGCAGAAGCUGCUGAAAAGGAGAAAGAUAGAGAGCAUGAGAACUGAAGCAUGAGCCACAUGUUGCUCAAAUCUUUGAUAAAGUUGGAUUUUUGAGAGGUUUAUUUGCAAAAUACACCUGGAAGAUAAAACUGCCAUCCGGUCAUCAUCCGGUGAAAAUCUGAAGGAGAUAAAAAGAUAUUUUUGUUAUAUGAGGGAAUCGGUGAGUUUUGUAUGAUUAUUUUGAGUAUAUAUGUGAAAAUGUAUGAUUUAAUACUAUGUUCAUGUGUUAAAGGAUAAAUGUUCUGUUUAUAUUGAAUGAAUGUGUGUGUUAUAUUGGAGUAAAUAUGUAUAAAAGUUUAAAGUGUAUGUAUAAUGAGAGAUGCAUGUGAAGUAAACAUUGAUUGAGUGGCGGAUUCAAUGGCGGAUUCAUCUGAUAUAUGCUUUUCUGACCUGUCCUCACCUGAGCGGGAAGCUGUGGAGGAGUUGUUUCCCGGUUUUAGCAGAUCCAAGGCGAGGUACAGCGCCCACUUCACCCUGCCUUCCGACGUCCACAAGCGAUCGAGGCGCACAACAAACGAGCAUUCCACGCGAUGCAGCUUCACGGACCGUGAACGACAUGAAAGCGAUCGGGAAGCUGUGGAGGAACCGCUGCCCGGCCUUCGCAGAUUCAGCAAGCCAAACAUCACCCUGGCCCCAGACGUUCGCAGGCGACCGAGGCGUGUCACAACCGAACACCCCACGCGAUGCAGCUCCGGGGACCGCGUUUGGGUAAACGAAGACGCCAUCGCCCAGCAUGAAAGCGGUAAGACUCCGCUUGUUAUUGUAACAUGUACUACUUGCCACAUGUAUAGUUUAGCUUCUGCUGUUAGCAUAGAGGGGUUUACAUGCACUAAGUGUAUUGAAGUAUUAAGGUUAACUGAGAAGGUUGCUGAACUAGAAUCGCGCAUCCGAACGCUAGUUGAGGAUAGCAAAACCGCUAAUGUUACUGUCGCAAAUAAUCUAUCAAGCGAAAAGACUAAUGGCUCGGUUCCGACAUCAGAUGCUAAUGUAAAUAUUACAAAUACUGUAUCGAGCGCGCAUAGUGUUUAUCAAAAUACACAUGGCUCGGUUCCGUCAUCAGAGUCAAGUCGGCGGUCAAACUGGGUGACUGUCAGGCAGCAUAGUCAUAUAAGGCGUCCUUCUAAGACCCAUAACGUUACGGUAAUUUCUAACAGAUUCGAUCCCCUAAGGAGUAUACAAGUUGAAACACCUUUUAAAAGUGCCCUGGUCAUUGGAGAUUCUAUACUCAGGAACACUAACAUUGAGGCACCAAACACCAUAGUCGACUGUAUACCGGGAGCCAGAACGUCUGACAUUAGAUCCAAACUUAAAGUGCUGGCUAAUGCUAAGCGGAAGUCUUCUAAGAUUGUUAUUCACGCCGGCACGAAUGACACCAGGCUCCGCCAGUCGGAAAUCACCAAAGAUAAUAUUAAGGAGAUGUGUGAAAUUGCAAAAACAAUGUCAGACAAUGUAAUAUGCUCUGGUCCCCUCCCCGCCUACCGGGGAGAUGAAACACAUAGUAGACUAGUGUCUCUCAAUGGAUGGAUGUCAAAGUGGUGCCCUCAGCAUAAUGUAGGGUUUAUAGACAAUUGGAAGCAUUUCUGGGGAAGACCAUUCCUCCUAACCCGAGAUGGCCUUCAUCCGUCAUCGGAAGGAAGUGCUAUACUCACUAGAAAUCUGAUCAAUAGUCUUAAUUCUGAUAUAGUCUGACUAUCCAGGGCCCAGGUCAGGAAACAGACGGAUCGGCUUAACCGUCCGUCUGUUAGCUGCCGUGAUAUGUCAAGACCACUUAUAUCCCAGCACUUCGAGUCAAUCUUACCGAAAUAUCAGCACAUUUCAACUGUAUCUGUUCCCCGAACAAAUAAAUACAGGGCACCGCUUGUUACAUCUGGUACAAAUCUGAUUAAAAUAAAAUUAGAAAACAAUACAUUAAGAGAUGAAUCUCGAAUGUUAAAAUUCGGCCUUCUUAACAUUAGAUCGCUUACCAAUAAAGAACCUAUUGUCAAUGAAAUAAUUACAGACCAAAACUUAGAUGUACUCUGUUUAACAGAAACCUGGCUUAAAGCAGACGACUACAUUAGUUUAAAUGAAUCCACCCCACAAGACUAUUAUUAUAAACACGAACCUCGAUUAAAGGGGAGAGGGGGUGGUGUAGCUACAAUAUACAACACAAUUUUUAAAGUAAACCAAAAAUAUGAGCUAAAAUUUAAAUCAUUUGAAGUAAUGUUGUUAAAUAUGGAAAUAACUGAUCGUAACCACAAACAGCUUUCUUUUGCUUUAGCGACAAUCUAUAGACCACCG